GAAACACUAGAUCUACGAGGCCCGAAAAAUGGAUCCACCCAAAGUGAACUAACUAAGCAAAUCGCAUGCUAACGACGUCAAGAACCAUGGCGGAAGUCGUCGAGCCUCUCAGGCCGAAAUCUAGGCCGAUCGUCCGUAUCGGGAUCUUCCUCAUCUCUCAUAGUAUCCUUCUCAGUGUCGUUUGCUUCGCCGCCGGUGUCUUGGCUCUUCUUUUGCUGCCUGUUCUUGCCAAAAAAACUUACAUAUCUGAGAAUGCCUUAAUGCCUGGUUCAGCCAGUCCCAUGCUCUCCACCAAAGAUGUUUUAGAGGCAAAUAAAUUGAUAACUGAUUUAACCAAGUCUAGCUCCAAGGAAACAAGGGAAAUACCAAGUAUAUUACGAAAACAUAUGGCCUAUCUUGGUGCUGAAGUUAGUUAUCACAAAUUUCAGCCUACCUCGAAUAAGUUUCAUCCACUUCAUUUUUUCUCUAGCCCUAAUAUUGGGAUAGUCCAGGAGAAUCAAAGUUCUGUAUCCUAUAACGUUAAUGUUGUUGCCAUUAUAAGAGCACCGCAGGGCGAUGGGAAAGAGGCUAUUGUUAUAGUGUCGCCUUAUAAUUCUAUGAGGGUAACUAAUGCAGAAGCUUUAUUAUUAGGAAUUGCAUCGUCAGUUUUUUCUCUACUUUCCCGUGUGACUUGGCUAGCCAAAGAUAUAAUAUGGGUUGCUGCUGAUUCAACGCAUGGUGAGUAUGACUCAGUUGCUGCCUGGCUAAGAGAUUAUCAUUCACCCAAUUUUAGAGAUGUUGUAUCUGAGACAUUUAGGCGUGCUGGGACAAUGGGUGCUGCUUUGGUUAUCAAGGUUUCAGAUAAAAGUGUAGAAGUUGAUACACUCAGUAUUUAUGCCGAGGCAUCUAAUGGACAAAUGCCAAAUCUUGACCUCAUCAACAUUGUGAACUAUUUGGCUGUACACGGGCAAGGAUUUCGUGUUAAAGUGGAUAAGUUCUCGUCCUUGCUAAACUCCCUGUUUCUUAAAGUCAUGGGUCAAAUCUUUGAAACAAUUGGUAAACUUGCGAAAAGUUUAAAUCCCCAGUGGAAGUUUGGCAUUCCUGCAACAGAUUAUAUUGAUGGCGCUGUUACACUUGCUAGCUCAUUGUAUAACCAGGCAUUGGGUGUUCCUACUGGUUCCCAUGGUGCAUUCCGCGAUUAUCAAAUUGAUGCCAUUACAAUGGAAAUUUCGACAAAAGUUUCUUUCAGUAAUAAAGCCAGGCAAAAGGAGUUUCUUCUGCGUAGUGGCAGGUUAGUGGAAGGCAUUGUCCGAUCAGUAAAUAAUCUUCUUGAGAAAUUUCAUCAGUCAUUUUUCCUCUACCUUCUAACAUCGCCUGGCAAAUUUGUAUCAGUUGGAGUAUACAUGGUAGCCUUUGGACUCAUUGUAGCUCCCCUUCCAAUAGUCGCCGCUUCUCUUUAUAUCAAUGCUCAUAAAGAGAGUUCUCCUUCAGGAAAAGUUAAAGACACUUCUGUUGAGACCUUUAAGUCGUGGAAAUGGCUAUCCGCAGUUAGAACAAUGUUUGUUGUUCACCUAUGGGGUGCUGUCGUCAUGUUGCUUCCUUAUUUCAUCUGCCAACUACCCGAUUAUUCUCAAACUUCCAGAGUCUUAAUCUGGUUUCUUCUUUCAGCCAUCAGUCUUCUCGUCUUGUAUUUGCUUCCGGGCUUUCAUAAAACAGAGAAAGAAGAUUGGGUUCUUCUGAAAUCAGCUACAAUUUCAGCUGCAACAAUUGGACUAUGUUUAAUGUCUGUCAUUAACUUCUCCACAGCUGAAAUUGGCGCUCUAUUGAUCGUGCCGAUGUGUUUGUUGGCUUCUCCAUUGAGAUUUGAGUUAAAAGCGGCCUGUAAUCUGAUGUUAUUUUUCAUUGGUUGCCCUCCAAUUGCAUAUAUGAUCGUGAAAGGGCUUUACGGAGGUUUUGGAAAUGUGGAUGCUGCUGGUGAAUUCUGGAGCUGGAUGGAAACACUUUGGGUGUGGAAUAGCUCUACAUAUAUUUACAUAUGCAUGGUUCAUCUUCCUUGCUGGUUGUUAUGUGCUAGGAUUUUACUCCAUUGAUACUUUGUUUAAGUUCAAUUCGGCUCUCUGGUUCUAAAUUAGGGUCGUGACACGAUUUUUCAAGAAAGAAGCCGAGAUUAUUACUUUUUUUCUUUUUUAAAUUCUGAAAGCGUAGGUUGUAAAAUGUAAUGUAUAUUUGUUGCUUUGGAUAUCAUUGAGGACAUUUUGCUAAUUUGAAGGUCUAAGUUCUUUUUUGAGUGUA